CCCAUUUGCUUUAUCUGAGGUUGAUAAUCUUCCUCGGGCUCUCCUUCUGACACGUAUGUCAGAAUUCGAACAGUAUAUUCCUCGUAGAUAUUACCUAUAUAUAAUCAAAACUUGCAGGUACUUAAGGCUUUGUCUUGGCCUCCUCGUCCUUCAGCAAAAUCUCUCCUGCACUCCAAAAAGUAACCAUGUCUGCUUUUGUCGGCAAAUACGCAGAUGAGCUGAUCAAGACGGCCAAGUACAUUGCAACACCGGGAAAAGGUAUUUUGGCGGCAGACGAGAGCACAGGAACCAUCGGGAAACGAUUCUCCAGCAUCAAUGUUGAGAACAUUGAGUCCAACCGCCAAGCUCUCCGUGAGCUCCUCUUCACUUCCCCUGACGCUCUACCUUGCCUCUCCGGUGUUAUCCUCUUCGAAGAAACCCUCUACCAGAAAACCACUGAUGGCAAACCCUUCGUCGACUUCCUCCUGGAGAACGGAGUUAUCCCCGGAAUCAAAGUGGACAAGGGUGUGGUUGAGCUAGCAGGGACCAAUGGCGAGACCACUACACAGGGUCUAGACUCGCUUGGUGCACGUUGCCAGGAGUAUUACAAAGCAGGAGCCCGGUUUGCCAAAUGGCGUGCUGUCCUCAAGAUUGGGGACACCGAGCCAAGCGAGCUCUCCAUCCAAGAGAACGCCAAGGGGCUGGCUCGUUAUGCCAUCAUCUGCCAGGAGAACGGACUGGUUCCGAUCGUCGAGCCAGAGGUGCUGACUGAUGGGAGCCACGACAUCAAGAAAUGUGCGGCGGUGACCGAGACGGUUCUUGCUGCUGUGUACAAGGCCUUGAACGACCACCACGUCCUCCUCGAAGGCACUCUGCUUAAACCCAACAUGGUCACUCCCGGCUCCGACAGCCCAAAGGUUACACCGGAAGUGAUCGCGGAACACACGGUGACAGCUCUCCGCCGCACGGUCCCACCAGCGGUGCCAGGAAUCGUGUUCCUCUCAGGUGGACAGAGCGAAGAGGAAGCGACGCUGAAUCUGAACGCGAUGAACAAGCUCGAUGUGUUGAAGCCAUGGACGCUCACUUUCUCCUUUGGCCGAGCCCUCCAGCAAAGCACACUCAAGGCUUGGGCCGGGAAGACCGAGAACGUAGCCAAAGCUCAGGCCACGUUCUUGACAAGGUGCAAGGCCAACUCGGACGCUACCCUCGGGAAAUACACUGGCGGGGCUUCCGAUGACUCAAACGCCUCAGAGAGCUUGUUUGUCAAAGGAUACAAGUACUAGUUGAUUCUGAUGCGGUUUGGGUAUAUAUGAAAUGUUUCGUUGGCGUUUUAACUGUUUAAAUGUAUUUCGAUUUGGUUUAGCGUUUGACCAAACUGCGUGAUGUUAUUAAGCUGUGUCUCUAUGCCCUCUUGUGAUGGUUUCUUUAAAUAUUUUCGCGCCAUGACAUAACGGUUUGUUCAAAA